AUGCUUCGUGGAGUCUCGGCCCGGUCUGGGUCCAGAACCGCCGCCCUGCUGCUGGUUGUCUGCUGCGUCCUGCUAGCCGGCCCGGCUGGUUGCCGGGGCAACACCACAGCUCAGCCUCAGCUCCGUCCUCCAGACCUGCAGGUGGCGCCGGACCGGGGGGCCGGGGGCCCGCUGGGGGCCGCCUUGGGGUCUGAACCAGCGACUCUGAGGCGGUUCAGCAAGAGUAAACACAGACCUGGAGGGAAGCCCGGCCCCCCUGGGCCCCUCGGCCCCCCCGCCAACGCCUCGCAGGCCACGCCCCCCUCCUGCCUGCAGACCACGUCCAUCCAGACGGCCUUCAAGUACAUCAACACGGCCCUGUCGGUGCUGGUGUUCGUGGUGGGUGUCGUGGGCAACGGGACCCUGCUGAGGAUCAUCUACCAGAACCGCAGCAUGAGGACGGGCCCCAACGCCCUGAUCGCCAGCCUGGCCCUCGGGGACCUGGUCUACAUCGCCAUCGACGUCCCCAUCAACGUCUACAAGCUCCUGGCGAUGCGCUGGCCCUUUGCCGAGCAGCCCCUGGGCCUGUUCCUCUGCAAGCUGUUCCCGUUCCUGCAGAAGGCGUCGGUCGGCAUCACCGUGCUCAACCUGUGCGCGCUGAGCGUGGACCGGUACCGGGCCGUGGCGUCCUGGUCCCGGGUCCCGGGCUCCGGCGUUCCCACGGCAACGGCCCUGGAGAUCCUGGCCAUCUGGGCGCUGUCGCUGCUGCUGGCGGCGCCGGAGGCCGUCGGCUUCCGCAUGGUCUCCUUCCAGUACAAGAACGUCAGCAUGACCACCUGCAUGCUGCAGCCGGACACGCCCUUCAUGACGUUCUACCGGGACGCCAAGGACUGGUGGCUGUUCGGGUUCUACUUCUGCGUCCCGCUGGCCGUCUCCGCCGUCUUCUACGGCCUCAUGACCUGCGAGAUGCUGCGGCACCAGAGGGGGGCGCUGCGGGCGUCGCUCAGCGACCACCUCAAACAGCGUCGCGAGGUGGCCAAGGCCGUGUUCUGCCUGGUGCUGAUCUUCGCGCUGUGCUGGUUCCCGCUGCACCUGAGCCGGCUGCUGAAGAGGACGGUGUACGAGUCCCAGGACGCGCACCGCUGCGAGCUGCUCAACUUCCUGCUGGUGCUCGACUACUUCAGCAUCAACAUGGCCACGGUCAACUCCUGCAUCAACCCCAUCAUCCUCUUCUUCGUCUCCAAGAAGUUCAAGAGCUGCUUCAAGUCCUGUCUGUGCUGCUGCUGUUACUCUGGCUCUCUCUCCAACAGCAACGGCACCAGCCUGCAGUACAAGCACACCGACCCCUGAGGGCCCUCUGAGCCGCCGGGGGGGGCCCCUGAG